UUAGUUGCAAAGCGGCUUUCUUGGGGGACGCAUCGAAGAACGUGUACGAAGACGGCUCGAAGACCUGCCACGCGUAAAGAAAAAUUGGUGCUAAGACCCGCGUUACAGCUGCUGCUGCCACAGAAACGGGUCUCCCAAUCUGUCCGUCCAUCUAUCUGCAAACUGCAGCCGAAAGCAGAAAUACUGCACAAAUCACGCAUAAAAACAAGUUCCUACUCAAGUGCCGGCCACUUAACACCCAUGAAGAUGCUCAACCGACAGCCCGACUACACCAUCUCCGAUCUGGGCCAUCCCUGGCCAUGCGAUCCACACAUGAAGGCGGACAGAAGAAAGCUCUCGAUGGCCUGUUUCGGGACGCCUCCAACAUCGCCCAGCCGCCUGCUGCCCAUGCGGGAGACACUCAACGAUUACUUCCAACGAUUAUUGAUGAGGCAAGAGGAGGAGCAGGAUGACCUUUCCCGCCAGAAGCAACACAAGAAUCAGUGGAACGAACAGCAACGCAGGCGCAAUCAAAAAUGUCGAGAUAAAGGGGAGACAGCCACAGCCACAGCCACAACCACAGCGACGACGACGACAACUUGCGAUUUGAACAAUUUCUGACGGAAGAUACGGAUGGUAUGGUGGGAGCGACUAAUUCAAAGCUGACUGAUUAAAAGUGCUACAAUAAACACACCUUUUUGCCUAGAAUUUUAAGUACAUUAAACAUUAAGUAAAGAAGAACCAGAGAGCCCGAUAAA